UGCCCAUUGGUACGUUGACAGCUGUUGACAGUGUGCGAACUGCUGAUUAUCAAAGAUUUAAAGAAUCUUAUUUUCGAGUUUACGAUGGCAUUGCAAUUACAAAUGUUGUCAAAUAUUUUGCAGCGAUUAGAAGGUAUAGAGUCAACCGCAACUGGAUAUCUUUAUGGUAUCAUGUACAAUGACACACUUGUGGUUCUCACAUUUAGCUUAAAUUCGUGCGACAAUAAGGAUGAGAGUAUAAUUGAUUGCACAUUAUUACAAUUAAAUUUACCCGCAGAUAUAUACCUGUGUGGUAUAUUACAUAUUGGUGAAUGUGGAGAAAUAAAUCCUGAUGUUUUUAAGGAUAUUGAUAUCACAGACAACCCAUUGCUGAUAAAAUAUUCAAAAGACACAUCAGAUGUGCAAGCAUAUUUUUACAUGCAUCAAAAGUUAGAAGCUAUCAACAAUCUUAGUAUUAUUAGCGAGGAUGAUCUUUUACAGUAUUUUGUGUACAUACGAUUGCAAGCAAUCCUUCCGCUGAUUACUCAGGAUGGAAAUAUACUGGAAGCGUUGCAGCAAUCACGAAAAAGUAUUGCAUCUGGCAAAAUAGGAAUACACUUCCCUUUGAAUAAUACAUAUCUCUUUAGAACCGAUGAUAAUACGAAAGAUACAAUCUUAAAAGAUUUCUUACCUGUAUCCAAAGAUCGCGAAAGAUCAUCGAGUCAUAGUAACGGAACUGUGGAUGUUAUACAUGCAAACAUGUUAUUGAAAAUAUCAGGCGAGAGAAAUUCCGAGGACUCGGUGAAAUAUGCUCCCAUCUUGCAGCACAUUAAAAGAUCUUUUGACAGUAUAGAAUGCACCUUACACAUUGACGCACUGUCUUUGGUGAAUCUAAAUAUAAAAGUAGCGGACUUGCACGCGAUUCUAGUGGAAUCUGUUUGCCGGAACAUUAGACUGAUUGAAAUACAGCAAGAAAACCAGUCUGAGGAUAAAAAGAUAUUUGCCAGAUUGCCAGAAAUUAUGCAUUUUAAGCCGCAAAGCUGCGGGCAUUUGCUUACAAUUGCAUAUCCCGACGAUUCUACUAGUGAUAAUACAAUGGAAUAUCGUAAAGCUUUGCACAAGGCUUUAGCGUUAGAUUUGACUAGACCGUGUUUUCGAAGGGGAAAUGCCGUCAAGUUUAACACGUAUGAAAACGAAAUACUUGUAAAUCCUCAUCAAGCGCUUCUGGUAAAAGGUGUUACCGGAAAACUCAGUAUUGUAGACGGUUUGUAUUCGUAUCAUCACUACAUGCAAGAUAACUUCGACGAUAACGGAUGGGGUUGUGCCUACAGAUCUCUCCAGACUAUCAUUUCGUGGUACAGAUUGCAAGGUUAUACCGAAAUACCAAUACCGUCACAUCGCAAGAUACAGCAGUGUCUGGUUGAUAUAGGCGACAAACCUUCCUCUUUCAUCGGCAGUAAGCAAUGGAUCGGCUCGACCGAAGUAAGUUUCGUGCUGCAGACUCUUCUUAACAUAGAAACAAAAAUACUUUGUGCGUCGAGUGGUGAAGAAAUGUUGGCCUUAAUUCCGCAGCUCGCGGAUCAUUUCGAUACACACGGUACACCUGUCAUGAUCGGUGGCGGAGUAUUAGCGCACACAAUUUUAGGAGUUAAUUACAACGAACAGUCCGGAGACGGAAAGUUCUUAAUUCUUGAUCCGCACUACACGGGAGCAGACAACUUAGCCGCUGUAAUCAACAAGGGAUGGUGCGGGUGGAAAACGAAAGACUUUUGGGCGAAAGAUGCAUUUUAUAACAUGUGCCUUCCACAAAGGCCUGUAACAUUUUGAUAUUAACUCUGUAUACCCACACUGUAAAUUUACUUGUUUUUUUUUUUUGUUUUAUGUAAUUAAAGUUCUGUGCCGAAUGGAUACGUAACGCACAGCCAUUUGUGUGUGUGGGGGGUAACGUGUUCACAAUGUGUUAAAAUUUAUUGUUAAGACAAUUUUGUUUUGUGUCACACAUAUAAUA